GUAAUGGGGCUGGCAGAUUCUUUUCAACACAAAUCGAAAUUUCCCAAAGCCUUUUCACCCGUCCUUCAACGCCGGUAACGUAAUCCAAGGCACUCAUAGCCUCUUUGCUUCUUCUUCGUCUCCGUUGAUGGCGACAGCAGGUGAAUGUGAAGUCGAAUGUGAAGAAAAUGAUAAUCAAAUUCUCAGGCAGCAAACCCAGAAGCUGCUUUCUUUGUAUCUCGGAGUCAGUUUCAGUAUUUUCUUGGCUUACAUUCCCGAGUGUUCACUCUCUUUGAUUCCCAAGUUACAAACCCGGGUGGGAGAUAUCAUGUCAAGGCUUUUGACGGCGGAGGAACAGUUGAGGCAGAUGAAGUCGAGGAGAAAAGAGGACUCCAAAGCAAACGCCAGAGUGGUGGAGAUCUUCGCUUCCCACAGGAACGCGUGGCAAGCCGAGGAGAAACAGCUUCUGCAGCAGAUCCAGGAUCAGCGAGCAAAGAUCGAGGAGCUAGAGAAGGAGACCCAUGAAUCCAAGCGGAAAAUUGAGGAGCUCCAGGACAUUAUCGGCUUCAUCUCUAACAAUAGGGCUGCUGGUGGAGAACAAGAAAAAAUGGAGGAGGAAUUCGCCGCGGAAGACUCCAGGGAGAGCCAAGUAAAGUUCAAUGUUGCAAACAACGGGCAUUUUCCUUUCACUUCAGAUUUAUUGGCUUCAGCUUCUUCCAAGUUUUGGGUAGACAGAGCUACUGCCUGGCAGGAUGUAAAGUAUGAAUCUCUCGAAUCUUUGUAUCAUAUGAAGCAUUUUGUUGCAAGAAGGGAAUCACCUUGGAAGGUAGGCGGUGAAUCAACUGGAGUUUCCUCUAAGCUAAAGCUGCUUGAACAGGAACUAUUGAAUUUGGAAAAAAUUGGUAAAAGUGAAUUUUCAAGGGUACCUUCAUUAAUGAGAAAGCAGGCCAGAAGAUAUCAAGCUCUUACUGCAAAGAUUGAAGAUCUCUGCAGAAGAAUGGCUAGUGAUCCCUCUGAACCCACACUCAGUCUAGAGUUUCGAACUCAAAGACAGACUGAGUUUUUGCUGGAAGCGUUUCGGCUUCAGCAGCAUGCAUCUGAAACUGGACAAAAGCUAAUGGCACUACAAACCGAGAUCGGGAAGAGUUACAACAGGGAUGAUGUCGGAAGCUCAGCCACGGCCAAAGUGGGCAUGAAACGAUCCAUGGAUUCCAUUAGAAACAACUUACAGGAAGUACAAAGAAACCUGGAGAUAUGGUUGGCCAGAAUUAUAGGAGACCUGGAAGGGAUUCUAGCCAGAGAUGGCUCGUGUUCAUCUCGUGUUCGGGAAUACUGCGUUUCUAGAUAUAAUAAUAACCAGUUUGUGCAAUAGAAACAAAUAUUGGUCUAACAAAAUAUCCUCUCAGUAAAUAUGAACUGAUCAGGUAAUAUAUAUAGUAGUAGUUCUAGUAGGUAGUUUAUCUAUGAGGAUGAAAUGAAACAACUUACAUUUCAAU